GGUGCCUUGGGAGAGGAAAAGGGCGCGCGGACACGCGUUCCAGGCGGGGCCGGAGAGGAUCUCCUGGGCACCGCUCGCUUCCUGGCCGGCUUGCUUGCCCGCAGUUGCUCCCUCAGCCCUUCGCUCGCGCGCGCAUCCCCUCCCACACCAGGGAGUAGUUUUGGGUGGCGUGGGCUCCGUCCUCUUCUUGCCUGGUGGGAACGGUGUGCCCGAGAGAGGAAGUCUGGUGGGCCCGGCCCCUCCCAGCCCAGCGCCGAUGAGUGCCAGGGCGCCCAAGGAGCUGAGGCUGGCGCUGCCGCCGUGUCUCCUCAAUCGGACCUUUGCUUCCCCCAACGCCAGCGGCAGCGGCCACGCGAGUGCCCGCGGCCCGGGUGCGGGAGGCAGCGGCGGCGGCGGCACCUGCAUCACGCAGGUGGGACAGCAGCUCUUCCAGUCCUUCUCCUCCACGCUGGUGCUGAUUGUCCUGGUCACCCUUAUCUUCUGCCUCAUCGUGCUGUCCCUCUCCACCUUCCACAUCCACAAGCGCAGGAUGAAGAAGCGGAAGAUGCAGAGGGCUCAGGAGGAAUACGAGCGGGAUCACUGCAGCAGCAACCUCGGCGGCAGGGGGCUGCCCCCGGCCGGCGGCCAGGCCCCAACCCACGCGAAAGAAACCCGGCUGGAGAGGCAGCCCCGGGACUUUGCCUUCUGCGCCCCCUCCAACGCCUCCUCGUCGUCUUCGUGCCCUGGCCGCCCGCGCCAGGGUCCCUGCGCUCCCCCGCCUCCCCCGCCGGCCCCCAGUCCUCAGGGAGCACACGAAACCUCCUGUUUGGACACAGCUGGCGAGGGCCUUUUGCAAACGGUGGUACUCUCCUGAUUGUUUAGCCCCCCUCUUCUCUCCCCUUCCUCAUUUCCAGCAUCUUUGCCGUCCUUGCUUUUUCUCCCCCUCCAUCUUUCCUCUGCCAGUUUUCUCUGGCUUCCCUCCCUUUUUCCUUCUUUCCGUAUCUGCCCUCCCCUUACUGUUUCUCCUCCGCCGAGGCACUGUGCGGUAUUUGUAAAUAUUGGGCGAGGAAAGUCUCGGAAGAAGAAAUAACGCUGAUAAUACUUUAUUAUUAAUAUUUGUAGUAAUUAUUAUAAUACUAAUAACACAAUCCAAGCGCAUGACAAAUCACAUAAUUUCUCAUUGUCAAUGAAGGACGCGUCUUCCCUCUUCACCCUGCACACCCCUCCCCCCAAUAAGGAGGAGAAACCGCACAAGCUACCAAAUAUAAAAAAGGCGUUGAUUCCUGGACCAAAGGGAGUGGAGGGGGCCUGGUGUGUUGUACAUAGCUGUCAAAUUAAGGUUCAGUUACCUUCCCUUCCUUCCCACCCCCCCACCCCCGGCCAAGCUUUCAUUUUUCCUUCAGCUCCCCUCCCUUCCCCAUUCCCACCUCCGCAGGGCUCAGGCAAUACUAUAUUAUAAAGAAAACGUCUACAUUAAGCACCAGAACUACAAGAGGCCACAGAGACAGUCCCAGAAAAACGUGUAUGACAUGUACCGAUCUCUGGUCAGCCCUCUUUCUCACCCCUUAGUUAACCAUUCCCUUUUCCAGGACCAGGCAUUUAAAUUUACUUUUAGAAAUGUCCCUCGCUGGCCGAAAAUCUUUAAAUGAGUUGAAAGAAAAGAAAAGAAAGAGACAGAAAAAAAGAGAAAAAAAGAAAGAAAGAAAGAAAGAAA